CUCUGGGGGGUUCCUGUAGUCCUCUGGGGGGUUCCUGUAGUCCUCUGGAGGGCUCCUGUAGUCCUCUGGGGGGCUCUUGUAGUCCUCUCUGGAGGGCCACGCCCGCGCCGGGGCAGCAGGAGGUGCCUUGCUUCUCGGAUUUCAGCCCGGAGGAGUUGAGCUCUGAUGUGGAGAGGAGCCUCACAGCGGAGCGGAACUGGUGCGUGUGGACAUCCCCCUCCGGUCUCUCUCUGAAGGAAUACCGUAGACUCACCUCACCGCCAGGCUCCACUCAUCACCUCCUUGCGUCCUCCUCCUCCUCCUCUCAGGCUCAUGCUGUGCUUCCUGCUCGGCGUCUUCCUGCUGCUGUCCUCGGGGGUCCAUGGCCAAGGUCGCCUGAAGCUGACGGUCCUGUCUGAGGACCGGCUGCAGAUGAAAUGGAAGGAGGCCGACGGGCCGGUUCAGGGCUACAAGGUCCGAGUGAGACCCAUCUCAGAGGUGCCGCAGCCGGAGCUGAUGCUGACCACCACGCGGGGCCGGGCCACCGUGGCAGGGCUGGACUCCGGCCAGGAAUACGCCCUCCAGGUCCUCCUGCUCAACGGGACCACCGAGAGACUCAUCGCCAAGCGGAGGUUCACCAUGGAGGGUCUGCGGGAGGAGGAAUCGAUCCGCAGCGGCAGUCGGGUGCAGAGGAAGAAGACGCUGCCGGGCGGGUCGGGGUCAGGAGACCCGGACGAUGUGACGGAGGCUCUGGCAGGCCUGCCCACGGUUCUGUAUCCAGACUCCACCAUCACCACCACCACCACCACUGCUGCCGCUACUACAGAGCCCCCAGCCAUAGAAACCCCCUCUCAGCCCCCUGACGAGGCCCAAGAGAAAACCACCAAGGAGAAGAGGAAGAGGAAGAAGGACAGAAAGAGGGAUCGGUCCAAAGGGGAGGAUAAGGAGGAGCAGGGCGGAGAAGCCGAGGAGAAACCCCGGAAGACCCAACCGGUGACAGGUGCGUCUCCUAGGAAACCGUUCGAGUGUGACAGCGGCGCGGCGGCGGACAUCGUCCUGCUGGUGGACGGCUCCUGGAGCAUCGGGCGCACCAACUUCAGGCGGGUCCGAGACUUCCUGGAGGGCCUGAUAACGCCCUUCCACAUCGGGCCCGACCGCGUUCAGAUCGGGCUGACCCAGUACAGCGGAGAGCCCCGGACCGAGUGGCAGCUCAACAACUUCACCACCAAGGAGCAGCUGCUGGAGGCCGUGAGGGGCUUCAGAUACAAGGGAGGCAACACCUUCACAGGCCAGGCGCUGCUCCACGUCAUGGAGGAGAACAUGAACCCCGCGGCGGGCGCCAGGUCGGGCGCUCCCUUCUUCCUCGUGCUGCUGACCGACGGGAAGUCUCAGGACGACGCCGUCGCCGCCGCCAGCCGGCUGAAGAGCGCCGGCGUGGAGAUCAUCGCCGUGGGUGUGAAGAACGCCGACGAGGCCGAGCUGAGGCAGGUGGCGUCGGAGCCGCUGGACCUGAACGUCUACAACGUCAACGACUUCCCGCUGCUCAGCCGGCUGCUGGCGAGGCUGGUGCACGUCCUGUGUGGGAAGAUCAAGGAGCGCGGCAUCUCCAAGCGAAUGGAGCCUGAGCCCACGGCCGACCCGGCCCUCUCCUACCCGAGUCCCACCGACCUCCGCUUCUCCGACCUGGGCUCCAGGGAGGUCCGGCUCCACUGGAUCAACCCCUCCCAGCCGGUCGGGCAGCACCGGGUCGUCUACCACAGCGCCGAGGGGCCGAGUCCACAGGAGGUGGUGCUGUCUGGCUCGGAGUCCUCCGUGCUGCUGGACGGCCUCUCCUCCCAGACGCUGUACCACGUGUCCGUCUUCCCGGUGUACGAGGACAACGUCGGCGUGGCGCUCAGAGGAACCGUCACCACACUGCCCCUGGCCACGCCCGCCGACCUGGAGGUGACCCCUCAGUCCUACAGCACCCUGAGGGUGAGCUGGGCCUCGGCACCCGGAGCCACGCAGUACAUGAUCCUCUACUCGGCUCUGAACCACGGGGAGCCGGACGACGCCAAGGAGGAGAAGUUCCGCGGCGGCCAGACGGCGGUGCAGCUGUCCGGGUUGCUGCCGGCCACCGACUACUCGGUGACUCUGUACGCUCUGUACGGCGAGGAGCCCAGUGACCCCGCCACCGCCGUGGCCUCCACGCUCCCCCUCCCAGCUCCAGGGGGCCUCCAGUUCCCCAUGGUGACCCACAGCCUGCUGAGGGUGAGCUGGGUUCCUGGAGCCGUGGACGUGCCGGGUCACCGGAUCACCUACAGCACCAACCACGGCAGCGACGUCCAGCAGGUGGAGGUGGAGGGUCUGAACUCGCUGCUGCUGCAGAACCUCUCAUCUCUCUCCAGAUACCUGGUGUCAGUUCAGUCUCAUUACCCAGAAGGCCUUUCUGCAGGGGUCACCGGGAACAUCAGCACACUGAAGGUUCCUUCCCCGUCAGACUUUCGGGUGACUAACUUCUCUGGCGGUGACAUCACGGUGCGCUGGGAGGCGGCCGCCGCCGACGUCGUGUCCUACCUCCUCAAGUGGAUCUCCCUCAGCGGGGGGGACCUGAGACAGCUGCGGGCGGGGGGGCAGAGCGAGGGCGCCACCCUGCAGGGCGUGGAGGUCGAUAAGGAGUACCAGAUCUCGCUCUCGGCGCUCUAUGCAGACGGAGCUCAGAGCGACGCGGUGGCCACGCGCUACAACACGCUGUCGGGCGGAGGCCCCUCCGGCCUGUCGGUGACGGAGGAGACGGCCGUCAGCCUGGCGGUGGGCUGGGUUCCUCCCAACGCUCACGUGCUCCGGUACCGCGUCUCCUACACGGCGCUGACCGCGGCCGAGGCCCAGGACCGCACCGUGCUGGUCCCCGGGGGAGAGAAGCGGGCGGUGCUUGAGUCGCUGCAGCCGGACACUCGGUACAGCAUCCUGGUGACGGCCGAGUACCGAGACCGGGAGGGAGGCAGCGGGUCGGCUCAGGGGAAGACCACGAGCCUGAGGGUGAGCAGUGUGAGUGUGGUCCGGUCGGAUCACUCCAGUAUCUGUGUGUCUUGGAGGCCGGUGUCAGCUGUGGAUGGAUAUCGUAUCGUGGUGCAGUCCGUCAAAGACAAGCAGGUGAAGGAGCAGACCGUGGACCGGUCCAGCAGCAGUCUCUGCUUCACGGAGCUGCAGCCGGAGACUCUGUAUCGCAUCAGCGUGCACUCCCUCCUGGGCCCAGCAGAGGGCGCCGCUGUGUCCAUCCUCCACCCCACAGCCACAGCUCCUUCCAGGAUCCCCCUCCAGCCCUGGAUGUACCCGGUGCACAACGAGGUUUGUCCCGAAGUCACCAUCAGACACAGCCGCGUGAACGGCUUCGACAUGAUGGAGGCCUUCGGCCUGACGGAGCGCGCCCACUCGUCCGUGGACGGCGUGGCGGCCGAGCCCUUCGUGUUCAACGCCAUGCCGGCCUACACGCUGUACAGAGACGUGCAGCUCACGCAGAGCACCAGGUUCAUCCACCCUGCGGGCUUCUCCCCUGAACACACCAUCAGCAUCUCCUUCCGCGUGCUGCAGGACUCGCCCCGCGAGCCCUUCGCCCUGUGGCAGCUCACCGACAAUGACUUCCAGCCCCAGAUGGGAGUCGUGCUGGACCCGACCACCAAGCAGCUGCUGUACUUCAGCCUGGACUACAGGGGGGAGGUGCAGGAGCUGACCUUCGACCAGCAGGAGGUCCACCGGCUCUUCUACGGGAGCUUCCACAAGGUGCACCUGUCCGUCAGCCAGGUGGGCGUGUCCCUGUCGGUGGACUGCCAGCGUGUGGGCGAGCGGCCGGCCCGCCCCCUCGGCAGCCUGCCCACCGACGGCUUCGAGAUGCUCGGCAAGCUGGUGAAGACCAGAGGGCCGAACAGCGGCUCGGCCCAGUUCCAGCUGCAGUCCUUUGAGAUCGUCUGCAACACCACGUGGGCUCUGGAGGACUCCUGCUGCGACCUGCCGGGGGCGAGAGAUGAGGUGAGCUGCCCCGUCCCGGCCUACACCUGCACCUGCUCCUCCGACAUCCCCGGAGCCUCCGGUUCCCUGGGGCCAAACGGAAGGCCAGGUUCUCGUGGUGAGAAAGGCGAGAAGGGCGAGCAAGGCCUGAAGGGGGAGGUGGGUCCUCCAGGGAAGCCUGGACUGGAGGGGGGUCUGGGGGCCCUGGGCACCACGGGGCCCCGAGGCAUCGCCGUGCAGGGCAAAGCGGGUCCACCUGGUGCCCGAGGGGGGAAGGGAGAUCCUGGUCGACCAGGGGUCCAGGGUCUACCGGGACCUCCGGGUCCAGCGGGAGAGCUGGGGCCUCCAGGCCCUCAGGGCAUCAGGGGCCUCGAGGGAAACAUCGGUGGACCCGGUCUCACCGGACCCCGGGGUUUCCAGGGAAUGCCCGGCCACCCGGGGCACAUCGGGGAGCGAGGCUUCUCUGGAGCAGUGGGACCUACGGGUCUGUCGGGGGGUAAAGGGGAGCGAGGAGAGAAGGGGGAGCCGCAGUCCAUGGCCAUAAUCUACCAGCUGGUCACUCAGGCCUGUGAGCAGCUGGUGCACAAGGAGGUGCUGAAGCUCGACAUGUUCAUCAACCAGAUGAGUCGUAAGCCGGCCCCCAUCGAGGAGCCCGCGGGGCCCCCCGGGGAGCCGGGCAUACCGGGGCCCAAGGGCCCCCCGGGCGCCAGGGGCACCCAGGGGCGCGUGGGCCCCCGGGGGACCCCCGGCAGGUCUGCGUACCCAGGAGAGCAAGGGAGAAGAGGAACGCCGGGGGGGAAAGGAGGCCCAGGGGCCAACGUCCAGGGGUCACCAGGGGUCACGGGGUUGGCAGGUCUUCCGGGGGAGUCCAAGCUGGGCAGUCUGGGUCCCAAAGGAGAGGACGGUAAGCCAGGACCCCUGGGGACCGCCGGGCCCCCAGGGCAGCCCGGCGAGCUCGGCCCGGCGGGGGCGUGUGACGGCAGUGGAGGCUGCCAGCGCGUUGCCCAGCAACCAGAGGAUCCUUACUCCGCCUACCGGACCUGAGCGGACGAUAACGAGCAGGCGGCGGUCGGAGGGGACUCUGGGUACUUUGGAGCUGAGUGCCGGACCCGGAACGGAGCUUUAAAAAGAUUUAGUAUUUGGAAGCUCCGCUGAAGAGGUCUGCUGAGACGAACUGAACUUGCCACUGGCUGAAGCUCCACGAGCUUCCUCCCGGAAGAGGAAGAGGAUGAGGGUCCUCUCCCAGAUACUCGUGUUACCUUAUUUUCUUUUGACUUUUAAGAAGAAACGACUGAGAACCAAGAAUAAGUAAAACGCUCUCUUUAUAGACUAGUGAUGAGUGAGUGAACAGGAACCAUCAUAAAGGAACAUAUUGUGUCAUUAGGAUCGGGCAUGUGUUGUCUUCUCCAUCUUAUUCGCACUGAAACCUUUUAUGACCAUGAUCAUGUAUUCAUGCGCUGUAUCGAUGCCAAGUAGUUUAGCCGUGUCAAAUUUUGCAUAUUUCAUCUGCCAUUCUAACCUUAACUGCCUCAAUGAUGAUGACAACGCAUAAUCCAUGGUGUAAAAGCUUCAUUUUUGGUAUAAAUGAUACUGUGAGAAUCUCCUUUGUGGAUUAUACUUUGUAUAUUUUUUAUUAUAUUCUUUGUAUGCAGUUAUUCAUUCAUGAUAUUUUAUACUGUAGCUUUUUUGUAUUGAAAAUUCCUGUUUACAUUUUCCAGUUUCAAUGGGGUUCAGGUGAUAAACAGUGUAUGUGUGUGUGUGAUUUUUAAAAUCCUGUUAAUAAAUUUAAUUAAUUUGUGUCUUA